AUGGACGACGAGCGACUACCCAAACGACUCUUCUACGGAGACGUCGCGACGGAUUCUCGCCGUCAAGGAGGCCAGAUUCGCAGUUACAAGGAUACCCUGAAGUCCUCCCUGAAAUGCCUGCAAAUCAACCCCACCAACUGGGAGGAGCUCGCACUCGAUCGACCGACCUGGAGGAGGGCAGUGAAGACAGGCGCUGUGAUCUACGUAGGCAACCGCAUCGCUGCCGCCAAAGCCAAACGUGAAGCCCGCAAAUCACAUCCUCGCCCAGUGCGCAACGCCGCCGCCCGCUUCCAACGUGUCCUCGAUGUCAACGAACAUUCCGGGCUCGAAUCGGACUUGUUGGGCAUCUUCGGAUUAACUGCGCCUCUCGAACGGCACCAACCAUCGUCCCCCCGCCCGCAUCUUCCUCCUCCUCUCCGCAGCCUACUAACUCUGACAAUUAUUCUGGCCCAUCACUUCCAUCCUCCUCCUCCUCCUUCUCGUUCACUGCUCCUACGGCGGCCUCUCAGGCGACUGUCCCGCGCGCAACAACCGACACUACCACCACCACCUCCCCCGACUCCAGGGAUGAGGAUCAGGACUACACCUGCCCUCACUGCGACCGUACCUUCACUUCAUACACCGGCCUUGUCGGUCACUUGCGAAUCCAUCGCACAGAGACUGGCGAACCAGUGCGCGAAGCACCAACCUACACCCACCGCACUCGCCUCCACUGCCCACACUGCCCUCGCACCUUCAGACAUCUCAUGGGCCUUUUUGGCCACAUGCGGAUCAACGAGAGCGGCCUUGACCGCACUCCCGACACACCCACCACAUCCAACACAUCCACCGUGCACACCCCCACCCUCGCUCAAUCCGUCCGCGUCACCAUCACCACCACCACCGCCUCCUGUGUAGCUGACACUGACACCGCCGACUUCUCAUGCUCACAUUGUCCACGCACAUUCACCUCACGCAUCGACCUGGUCGGUCACUUGCGAAUCCAUCGCACUGCCUGGUGCACCCACCUAUACCCACCAUGCUCGUCUCAACUGCCCACACUGCCCUCGCACUUUCAGGCAUCGCAUGGGUCUCUUCGGUCACAUGCGCCUCCACGACGACCUGCGGUAGACAACCGCCGGCCACACCACACAUUCACUCACUCCCUACCUCCUCCACCACCACCACCACCAUCACCCCACCAGAAAUCAAUACUCACACACCUCAUGCACCCAACUGCCACCGCCCACGCAAGUGGGAAGUCCGCAUCUCGACUCGGUCCCCAUGCGGCUUCGGCUGCACGGGUGACUUGAGUCCGAGACUAUCCCGACACGUCAAGCGUCGUGGAUAGGAAGGUUGAUGAUUGACGCCCGCUCUCGGUUCACACAGUUCGUCGCGUUGUGUGUGUGUUGUGUGGAGUGGCGGACUGGUGUGCUGGGGACAGGCUGAAACAGCACCUUCCACGGCACUCUCACGCAAGUGAGUGACACGCCGUCUACCCCCGUUGUGUGAAAUCCUGGUGUUGUGUGCAUGGGGAGCCAGGUCGUGCCGUGGCGCGCGCAGUCAUGGUCAGUCGACCAUGACAGCCACCGCGCCUAUUCCCCACUCCAGUCUGCUGACCGGCUCGGACAGCGAAUGGGGUGUGGGAGUGGGAAGGGAGAGUGAGGUCGACGACUCAGCGCACUUUCUCCUCACUAUAAACAAUCUGACACGCUUGAAGCUAUCACGGUGCGUUAAAAGCCGUGGCUUGGAAGGUUGCCAACUGACGGGGUAACUUGGACCUCCUCCUUGACCGGAGGCGGUCUAAGAGUCAGGCUGCAAUGGCUCCUUUUUAAUGUGGCCUUUAUGGCACUCCCAUCACAGUGUGGGAUCCGAGCCAGGCGUUGGCGGCACGCCCAGGUGCGGCUUCGGCCGUGCCAGCCUCCAAAUCUCUGUUUGAUUGGUUGAAAUCCUGGUCAUUUGUUGUGCGGACCAGGGGGUGUGGUGGAACGCCAAGGUGAGGAUCAGUCCGAGCCAUCCACCUGCGGCCUCCCUCGUCUCCGGUCUUCUUGACUCUGUCUUGACACCGGCCUCGGGCGAGGGAGGAGGAGAGAGUGUAGGUAGAUGCUACGCAAGUCUACCGGCACUAUAAACCCCUGUGUAAGUCACCGUCCCUGCUUCCAUUGCUGCUGCAACUGUGGGGCACACGGUGAACAUCAUUGAAACCGAUGGUCGAACUGUCAUUUGGCAUGUAUAGUGUGUUUUCCAUCACGUGCAGAUGGCGUUUUCAUCAUCAAAGUGCAGUUAUAUGCUAUCCCCGUCGGCCGCGGCGAUAGCUGGAGCCCCCGACUGUUCCGCGCCGUGACUGUUUCCCUUCAUGGACGUCCGUAAAUCCAAAACGCUCGAUCACUAAGCAAGAGAUGUCAGCCGUUGUCCACCGUCUUCAGUGCAACCGUGGGAUGUUGGGGAAACCGACCGAUGGCUGCAAACGCGGAUGCACGAGCAUAAGUUGGCCGUGUGAAGGUCGGACUCAAAACUGCAGGUAGUAACCCAUGUCGCCCAAAUGGGACACAUCUUCAACGUUGACGCCGUUGAAAAUGUGGGCCGAGGAGAUGAUCAUACGGCAAGGCAGGCACAAGAAGCCUGGAUGUCUACCGACUGUUUUGCCAACAGCCACAAUCAAUUUGCCUCCCCUAUCUGGUUUUACGGACAUUCUUGACGGGAGACAGUCACGGCGCGAGACAAGCAGACCCGUCAACUAACUUCGUGGCCGACGAGGGCGGAGGCGAUUCAGGUCAUGGUGACAUGCGGAUCAGAUGCAGCCACACAGUCACCAUUGCCGGGCCAGGCAUCAAACAAAGUGCGCCAUAUAGGAUGAGCUGUGUGCAUGACUCCUCAGACUCUGAAAAUGGGUAGAAGAAACAAGUACUCUAAACGUCAGACCUCCAAUACACCCCUCCCGGGGAAUGCUUCCUUUACUUUUGAUAGUUUCGUGUCUUUUGGUCAUGCCAAACUUCCUGGCCCCAUAAUUUUUUCGAAUAACCCAUUCGCAGAAGGCUUCACCAUAAUGGAUUUAAGUUUAGGUUACGCAAAUAAACUUGCUUUAUCACCUCAUACAGAUAGAAUCUCUGCCAAGGCCGCGCAGAUGUCUGGGUUCAUAUCGCAUACUUUUUUCCCUUCCGGAGAUGAAGCAAAGAAUUUAUCAAAUGUCUGUUCUUCCUGUCCCGGAAUACUGCUAUCCUUUCGUUGGUCUAACGAACGUCUGUAACCGUAAUAAAAUCGAAAAUCUUUAGGGAAUUUUCACCCGAAAACUGCUCUCUCAAGUCGCAUCCGAUACUUCUUAUACUCAGAGAUGCCAGCUGGCGAACAUUAAGUUUUUGUGGAAUAGAAGACUCGAACCUGGCCUUUGCUUCAUUUUCCGUAUUAAGUCUAAGUCUAAUCUUCCACUCAUUGACACUCUGCCUCCGCGAGAUCGGUCUUAUGCCACGCAAAACUCCUCCAUGGUGAUUCCGCCGCCUCCUUGCACUGCAACUCAUCGUCACAUCAUUUUUGCUCUCAAAUUUGCGUUCCUUUGGAAUUACCUUCCACCAGAAAUUAGGUAAUCGCCUAGGUUGUCGGUAUUAAAAUCGAAAUUAAGUAAACACCUUACACCGGAAAGUAUACAGGUACUUUUAACCGUCUCAUUCCAGAACAAUCAGCCUCUUGACUUUAAGAAGGGGCCUUCUGCGAUUUUGUGAUCGAUCAAGUGGAAACCUUCACUUAUAUCUUUCUAACCCCCUGUUUUUAAUUGGCUACGAAAUCCACUGUUAUCACUGUGCCCCCAAAUCUGCUAUUUUCGCGGUUCUGGACGUGGUCUGUCGACGCUCAUGGCGGAACCCUCUGUAUUCGCAGUCUACUAGUAGUUUGGUCAUAUCUCCCUUGCCCCCUCCUCGGCUGGGCUAGGAGCGGACUGUAACCAAUCGCGUCUGGGUUCCUCUCGUCUAGCUAUCUAGACGUGAACAUCAUCAUCCGGUGUAUGAAUUCUGCCCUGACGAUGUCCUUUUAUAAUCCGUUAUACACUGCCAAACGCAGGCCGGUCCUGUCCGCAUUUUUAUCCUUUCAUGAGAGACAGUUUUUCCACCUUUAAGGUCAGUUAUAACAUUUUGUUUAUUCUAUAAUGGAGUUAUUUCACUGCUUGGUCAUCAUUUUAACAGACUAAUUCAAUAACUAUGCAUUGCAUAUUGUACAGAUUCUGUCUACCUCUUCUAAAAUUAAUAUGAAAAUUUAUUUUUACUUCCUAUCACAGGACCCCGAAAGGUCUUUAACGUAAUUACUUAUUUAUGCUGUUUUACAGCCUUGCUUGGUGCAAAGUAAGCUCUCUACACAUGAUUAUCCCAUGCUAAAUUUGUAUUAUGUAUAACGGACAAGAGAGCGUGUAGCUACUGAGCGAUUAUAGUGUAUGCUCAGUGCGCCACAACUUCAGGCCAAAUCUCAAGUUGUUAGAAGUGGGACGCCAGCUGGGUAGACGAUUUUAAUCUGUACAGAUGGAUAAAGGAAAGUUGGCAAGCGGACGAGGGUGCGUCCGGCGCCGCGCAAAGCGGCAUCCGCGAAAGCGACGAGCUGUGAGUCGCCGAAAGUCGUCGCUGCAAAAGUAUCGUGGCAGACUGCUUACGCCAGUGGCCUGGACUGUGUCCGCCUGUGGUAGACCAAUCAGCGGGAGCAGUUGCGUUGAUUGGCUCCGAGCCCACGCGAGGGUAAUGCCAAACCUCGCAUGAUGCAGACAGUUAAGUGCAACGAGACAAAUUGAUGCCGGGCAGACGUGCGUGCCGAAGAAAGCUGUCGCUAGGGCGUAGGUGCAGGCGCUAACGAGAGGCGCGACGUUGCCAUUAUAGCUGUCCACUACAAGCGUGAGUUUCCAAAUAAUGGAUAUGCGCAUUUUUGGUGGUCUGUUUCAUGACUUUUCAGGAAAAUAAUGUCAGUCUGACUGGUCUCUAAAUCGUCGCAUGUGCACGACUACCACUUUUGCGAAUUGAUGUUAUAUUGGCUCUUUCAGUCCGUGGGAUGACCCUCAGCACCAAACGACUAUUUGCCCAUAGCGGAUGAAGGCUGUAGCAGUUAAGCGGUAUAAGUGAGUGCUCAGUGCACUAAAACUUCAGGCCAGUUGGAAAUAAUAUUUAUUCUGCACGGGCUGACAAUGGAACACUGGCGGCCGGACGAGUAUGCGUUCGGCGCCGCGUAAGCGGCAUCCGCCAGAGCGACUUGUCGUGUGUCGCCCCAAGGUGCCGCCGCAAAAGUGUCCUGGCAGAUUGUUUACACUGGUGGUUUACUCUGCGCGCCUGUGUAACCAAUCAGCGAGCGAAGCUACCGCUACCGGAGAAACAGUUUCCGGUUGGAUACCAGUGUCGCAACACUCCGUUACUGAUGCUAGUAUUAUUGCAGUUAGUUACCCAUACUGUAAGCGUUGGUAGAGUAGCAUUGGCAGCCGUGGUGGCGGUGGUAGUAGUAGUACUAAUAGUAGGAUUAUUAGUAGUAUUCGCCGUAUCAGUGGUGGUAGACGGGGGAAAAAGUUUUCUUCAGUGUUGCGACACUGUAUUCCCGCCAGUGGUAGUAGUAUUAGUAGUAACAGCGGUAGUGGUAGUAGUAGUAGUAGUAGUAGUAGUAGUAGUAGUAGUAGUCCGCCCGUAAGACAGGCUGGUGGGGGAAUAGACAAUUCUAAGUGUUGCGACACUGUAUUCCCGCCCAGUUUCCCUUCUAACGCUGAUGCGAACAUAUCUCCAAUCUAGUCCAAUUUAGCAAACACAAGAUUGUCGCAUACAAACGUUUAGCCGGAUUCAUUGUCAACAAGCACUAUAGUCUGUGUUGUGUGUAUCAUUCCAGACGGUUACUGGAAUUACUGCCAAGGACUCCUUUAGAACGGUCUCUUCGUCAUUGUCCACAACAUUAUGACUCUUAACCUCGGGUGUUUAUUAGGUUCUUUGUCGUCUAGGUAUAAUAGAGUGAGAUGCUCUCAGUCAUAAUCGUGGACUGUGUAGUCACGGGAUUGUCUUCAGCUCUUGACAAUAUGGUUCCCUUUCUAGCAGCAACGGCAAAAUGCCCGCGCUUGUACGAUCGAUCGGCUUUCCUUUCAGCUCUAGGAAACGAAUGACGGACAUUUAUCUACAUGUGGUCAUCUCCACAGAUCUUAUAAGGGCACGGGGCAUAGGAGGCAUCGUGAUUUGCUUUCGUGUUGUUUGAGACGCACGCAUUCUUUUCCAAACCAUUCGACAAACUUUGCGUCACACUUAUUGUCAGGCGCAUUAUUUCUUCGAAAAUUCAGUGCGUAUAUACCAAACCUGGUUCAGGCAAUAUCUGCGCGAUCUUCAAUGAAGGCGGCGGGAUGUUCGAUUUGUGUUUCUUUGACCUAGUGUAUUAUAUCUCGAACAGUGAUAAAUAUGUACUUAUAUAAGUACACAUUUUUAACAGUUCGAGAUUCUUGGGUCAGUUGUAAUAUUACAACUGACUCAAGAAUCGCACUUGGAAUGAGGUCAAGGACAUGGUUUAACGAGGGCAAGGCUGCUAGGCAGGUAAAUAACAUAACAAUGUAUUUUCCAUCAAUAACUUAUCGCCGAUAGGUGCUCAAAGUGACGUAUUAGGUUAUAGAUUACUGAAGUGAACUGUAUGCGUUAUUCGGACAAAGAGCAUACUAAAGUGCCGAACAAGUGUAGGACUGUUCAGAAGAAUGCGAAAAAUAAGUGAUGUGCCGGUUAGGUAGGGCUAAUAAGGCAGGCGAUAUCAAUAGACGGCAUUUUGCUAAAAAUGUAAAUGUCUUUAAAUGCUAUUGCUUAAACGAAUAGCAGGGAGUAGGAAUACGAAAAUGCUAUCAUAAGCUACUCAAUGAAGUGGCCCACAACGCGUCUGAUUUUAACUUAUAAAUGACGUCCCGGGUUCCCUCCGUCAAUGAAUAACACUGACCAGUCGUUUCGUAUGUCUUAGUCACUCCUGCGUCUGGGCAGCCCCUUCUUCUGUUGAGCAUUUGGGACCGAUUGCACUAUUCUCAGCAAAUCCAAUAAGCCUGGGCUUCAAAUGUUCUUUGUUACUGCCUUUCCCUUUUAUGGAUUUUUUUAAAAACUUCAAUGCUUUAUUUUCUAACAACCGCGGAAUUCAGCCAAGGCCUUUAAAGACACCAAUAUUUCCACUCUUUUUGCAUAAUUUCACUGAUGUUACGGAUAAUCAUAGCGCGAGCUGUUUAAAUCAGUGAUUAACUUAAAUAUUUUGACGCAGAUGCCUGAAAAUUUGGGUGGUAAUAAUGACCAUGUCCCUUCAGCAACCUGAAUCACUUCUUGUUUGGGCCAACUCAGGGUCUCUUGUUUAAAUAGCCUGCGAGAGACACGCAGGCGGUCAAUUAAUCUGCGCCCCUGCCGUUCGCAAUGGCGCUUCGUGCCCAGUUUGAGGGGCACAACGACAUCGGUGUUUUCACCCGUCUAACAAAUACAUACUGUCUUGUUUCUAUCGGUGGUUCUGAGGGAUACUACAGGUAAAUAUAUCUAUACGGUUAACUCGCGAAGUGUCUUCGAGGCCGAGUUAGCCGACAGCAUCCCGGUCAUCCACGCUAGCAUUGCCGGAAUUCGUACUGUAGGGUGCCUGACCGCAGGUAAGGAUGUUUAAGCAGAUGUUUGUCCUUUGUAGUUUUCUGCCAGUUCUGUUCCGACUGUACGGUGAUUUUAGAAGAUAUAGUUUCAAAGUUUUUGUGGUUUUUCUACUCAAGACGGUUAGUUUUGUAACCGUUUUAUUUGACGCAAUCGAAAGUGGCUGCCAUGGCCGUGCACUUAGUUCUCAGAGAAGUCGAAAACCUCGGUAUUCCCAUAGAAAUGUUAGAAGUCGCAUGUAAUGAAGUCACCGGUGAGUAAGACGUUCUAGCCUAGGUCUAGGAGGGCGUCACGUUUCUUCAAGCACUCGUGCUGUGACGCCCUUUUACAAUUGUUAUUGGACGAUGACCGUAAAGAAAGGAACGAGUAGUUUAUCGGGUCUCAUUUACAACCAUCUAGAUCGCAGUAAUGCCGUUCGAUUCGGUCGUUGAAUUCUCAACGCAGAUGCCUUUAUUUGCCGAACUUUCAAAACGCUAUAGCUACGCACACUACCCCUGCUGAGAGUCCAGACUGCCUAACGAGGACCCAGAAAAGCAUAGACCUCAUUUUGGUGUUCCGUAAAAGUGAGUCACCAAUGAUACACACGCUUCUAUUGUCCUACUGAUAUGAGGACGGCACGAUUUUAGUAAUUUUCUACAACAGGUUAACGCUAUCAAUAUCCAUUUGAGAUGUACUGUAGCUAAUUCCGUCGUUUGCGUUUUUCGCACGUUGUAAUGGUUUUGUUUAGGUAAGUCGUUCGUUGCCGACCCCAUCAGACCCGUAACAGGACUCAUGUGACCUCUCAGAGACCGAUGAACUGUGAGCUAAGGACCUAGAUUGUGGGGUGUGUGUACUUUUUAAAGGCGCCUUUUGUCAGACAUUACAUCGACGCUUCAGUCACUCACCACGGCCCGGCGUUUAUGCCUUCUCCCAUCCGGUGCACAGUCUAUAUAUUUGAUGUCUCCCCAUGUUUAUUGAUCGAGUAACUCAUAGUCUACUUGACCAAAGUGCCACCCGUUAAGGUACCUGUCAACGAUUACUUAGUGGUAGAGUACUUUAUCGUGUGAUUAGCUAAAGUCCCACUGGCGAUUCCGAAAUUACAACUUGGUGCUAGUUACUUAGGCAAGCAAAACUGCUCUACUGCCUUCCGUAGAACACGUUGCCUUGAUAACCUCUUUCUGUUUGGUAAGACUAUAUCUUUUCGCCGCGUAGGAAAUUCAAAAGGCCUCUUGAUUCCCCACACUGCUACCGAUCAGGAGCUGACGCACCUGACAAACAGUUUACCGGAGAAAGUUAAUGUGCGCCGGAUAGAGGAGCGGUUAUCAGCUCUGGGCAACACCAUAGUGUGUAAUGACUACGUCGCCCUUAUUCACCCAGAACUGGAUAAAGUAAGUCCUAUCAGACAGUAGAUGCUUAAAUUACAUUAUCAUAAUUGUCCAUAAUGGAAACUUCGAAAUCUGUAGGAAACGGAAGAACUUGUGAGCGAUGUACUUGGUGUUGAGGUCUUCAGGAGCGUCAUAGCUGGACAGGCCUUAGUGGGGACUUACGCCUGUCUCACUAACCAAGGUGGACUUGUUCACCCGCAAACCAGCAUUCAGGAGUUGGAUCAGCUAAGCAGUCUUCUCCAAUUGCCCCUUACUGCGGGGACUGUCAACAGGGGCAGCGCCUUGAUUGGCAGUGGCCUCGUAGUCAACGAUUGGUCGGCUUUUUGCGGUCUUGACACCACAAGCACAGAAAUUCAGGUACGUUCACACGGCUUGCCACCUUAGGCGUAGCUGCGCACGACAAUUGGAUAAUUCUGGCGAUUUUGGAGUUGUCUAAUGUCUGCUCGUUUCUUUUCAGGUAAUCGAGUCCAUCUUCCAACUCCAUGACCAAAACACCAAACAGGCAUCAGCUCCAAUCCGUGAUGCUAUACUCGAGAGGUAGGUUUCUCGACCCGGUUGUUCUCUUAAGAAAAACCAUUUUCGUUGCCUAAGCUAUUCCUUUCUAUAUUUGCAGCCUGGGAUGA